AUGGCUCAAAGCCAGUCCCAGGAAGUGCAACCACACCCAGUGAAAGAGCAAUUACCUGGGGUUCAAUAUUGCAUUAACAGUCCUCCUCCUUGGCCUGAAGCGGUGGUAUUGGGGUUCCAGCAUUACAUUCUGACUCUUGGCAUGACCGUUCUGAUUCCAACUGUGAUUGUUCCUCAAAUGGGUGGAGGAGAUGCUGAGAAGGCCAAGGUGAUACAGAGUCUGCUAUUUGUUUCUGGAGUAAACACAUUUCUUCAAUCUUUGUUCGGAACUCGAUUGCCAACUGUAGUUGUUGGUUCAUACACUUACAUAAUACCCACAAUCUCAAUUAUCCAAGCCAGCAGAUACAGUUACUAUAUAGAUCCUUAUGAGAGGUUCACUCAGACAAUUAGAGGGAUACAAGGCGCAUUGAUCAUAAGUGCAUGUUUCCAGAUGCUUAUGGGAUUCUUGGGCAUUUGGAGGAAUGCUGUCAGGUACCUUAGUCCACUUUCUGUGGUCCCUUAUGUAACUUUCACUGGACUCGGUCUCUAUCAACUUGGUUUCCCAAUGCUGGCAAACUGUGUUGAAGUUGGGCUUCCAGCACUGAUUGUUUUGGUUUUCAUCUCACAGUAUCUUAAGCAUUAUAUAAGCACCAAGAAGCCUAUUGUUGACCGAUUUGCGGUGCUGUUUUCCAUUGGAAGUGCAUGGUUAUUGGCACAGAUUCUGACUUCUAGCAGUGUAUAUAAACACAAGCCAGAAAGUACACAGACUAGUUGCCGCACUGAUCGUGCUGGUCUUAUUAGUGCUGCUCCAUGGUUAUAUUUUCCUUACCCCUUCCAAUGGGGGAGUCCUACCUUCAACUACGGGGAAGCUUUUGCCAUGAUGGCCGCUUCUUUUGUUUCUCUUUUUGAGUCUACUGGUACAUUUUAUGCUGCGGCAAGAUAUGGAAGUGCAACCCCCGUGCCACCUUCUGUUAUCAGCCGGGGAACUGGCUGGAUGGGAGUUGGUUCUUUGCUCAAUGGCAUGUUUGGUACUGUAACUGGAAGCACAGCAUCAGUGGAAAAUGCUGGUUUAUUGGCAUUGACAAGAGUGGGAAGCCGAAGAGUCAUUCAAAUUUCAGCUGGCUUUAUGAUUUUAUUCUCUGUAUUUGGAAAAUGUGGAGCAGUUUUUGCUUCCAUUCCUUUGCCAAUCAUGGCAGCAAUGUACUGUGUAUCCUUCGGCUAUGUGUCUUCUGCGGGUCUUGGUUUUCUCCAGUUCUGCAACCUCAACAGUUUCAGAACCAAAUUCGUGUUGGGCUUCUCAUUCUUCCUUGGCAUCUCCAUACCACAAUAUUUCACAGAAUAUUAUCAUGUAAAGCAUGAACACGACGCAAGUUCUAGAUGGUUCAAUGAUAUCGUGACCGUCAUCUUUGCGUCGCAUACAACGGUUGCUGCCUUGGUUGCUUUCAUUUUGGAUAUCACACUCUCUCGCGAAGAUGAUGCAGCCCGUAAAGACAGUGGUUUGCAAUGGUGGGAGAAGUUCAGUUUAUAUAAUUCUGAUGUUCGAAACGAUGAAUUCUAUGCUUUACCAUGCAGACUCAAUGAGCUUUUCCCAUCCCUUUAA